AUGGCGCCCGUGAGCCAACGCAAGCAUCUCGGACGCGACAAGUUUGGAGCCCAAUUCAGCUUGCUCAAGACGCAGCAGUACACCGACCCUGCGACUCGCACAUCCAUUCCGACCAUCCAUCGCACCAUCUCAUGGAACGCCUCUGGCGGACUGAUUGCAACCGGGGCUAACGACAAGACCGUUCGAGUAUGGAACCCCGAACGCACAAGUCCUCGGAGCCAGAUCGAGCUGAGAGGCCAUGGACAUGCCGUUGAAAAGGUCCUGUUCAACCCUGUCAGAGAAUUCGAGCUGGCCAGCUGUUCCGCAGACGGCACGGUACGGUUCUGGGACACACGGACGAAAACCUGCGUGAACAAACUUGAGGUUGGCGGUGAACCUUUUACCUUGAGCUGGAGUGCUGAUGGAAGUGUGUUACUGGCGGGGACGAAGGGCGACGUUCUCAUUCCCAUUUCAACAGCAAUCCCCUCCUCACCGCAAAUCCUACCACGCCACAAGCAAAACCAACAAACGAACCAAACAACCUUCUCAAAUGCAUACCCACCCUCUGAUCUGCUAAUAACCCAGGGUGAUGGCUCAGUCAAGAUACUCGACUACCCUUCCUUCACGGUACUACACACCAUCUCCGCACACACUUCCUCUUGCACUGCCAUUUCUUACUGCCCGAAUGGGAAAUACGUUGCCGUUGGUGGCUCAGAUGCCAUGAUAUCCCUGUGGGACACGACUGACUGGGUCUGUCGACGCACCGUGUCUAACGCCAGUUCCGGCGCCAUCAAGGGCCUGAGUUGGUCAUGGGAUGGUCGAUACCUUGUUGGCGCGAGCGAAGAGAUGGGAUCUGGCGGUGGCGAGGGCUUGAGUUCAGGCUUUGACAUAUAUCAUGCCGAAACGGGUGAUGUUGUGCACACGAUUUCUACGGGCACGAGUGGAAUUCCUGCGGUAGAGUGGCAUCCUAAUCGCUAUUGGUUGGCAUACACCCAGAUCGAGGAGACGAGGCAAGGGAAGUCGAGUCUGAAAAUAGUUGGAGCAGCUGGAGGGCCGUCGAUUUGA